CACACAUUCGCUUCCGGGUUUUCCGCCGCCCAACGACAACUUCACGCAGUUGAACAUGUAACUGCCCAGUGAUUCCAGCUGUGAGAGAUUUAGCACACAAAAUGGUUUACACGUUCAUAAUCAACACUUUGUUGCCAGGGUCGAGUAAAAUUAUAUACUACAAGCAGUUUGUCCCGUAUGACACGGACAUAGUAGACGAGGGUGCAACAUCGGCCGAAGUCCGAUCAGGGAGGCGAAAACAGCGACAACAAAUCGCAGAUAGGGUUCAUUCGGAAUACCAGUUCCGUAGAGCGCUGUCAAACAGGUCUGUUGAAGAAGACAUCUUGAGACUCGGAAACGACGAUACGCCUCCAGAUUUAGAAACAGGACAUAUAUUGUUGAAUUCAGAUUCCGAGCAGUUCGUGACGUGGCUGGGGGCAGGGUACACCGGGUUCGCGUUGGUGUGUGAUACCACAGAAAAUCGGCUACUGGCGGAAUCGGUUCUGAGACUGCUUAUCCAUUAUCUGCAGGAGCACGUGCGCGUCCUCACCCAGCCGACCGACGUUGGGCUAAGGACGGACAGGGUAGGGCUUGUUCUCAGCCGGUUCCUCCCCCAAGGGUCCCUGCUGUUCAUGAACAAUAGGGUAGUGCGACAGUUGGAGAAAGAACUGGAUACCCUGAUGAAGAGCUGAUGAUGUGAUUGGAGUAUCACGUGACUGACUGUGCCAGAGAACCCGUGAAGUUGUCUACCACUGUCAGCUGAUUACUUGUGUGCAAUAUGUCGUAACUGAUUGUGUGUGAACUUCAGGUGUAUGAGUCUUCCAUACAUAAAAUAUGUCUGAUUUUAAAA